AUGGUACAACGCGUGACUUACAGAAGGCGCUUUGUAAAGACUCCUGGGGCAAGAUUAGUUAUUAGCUAUUUAAAAAAGAAAGGCUCCGUACCAAAGUGUGGUGAUUGUGGAUCUCAACUUGCCGGUUUGAAAGCAUCACGUCCAUAUGCCUUGAAGAGACUUAGUAGAAGACACAAAACAGUGACUCGCGCCUACGGAGGCUCCCGCUGUGGCAAAUGUGUUCGUCAGCGCAUCGUUCGCGCUUUUUUAAUAGAAGAAAGGGACAUUGCGAAACGAUUAUUAAAAAGUGCUCAUAAAAAAUAA